AUGCUUUUCCGUCUAUCAUGUGGAUUCUUUCGCCGUUCCGAGAUUGUUAGAGGCUUUGCUGCCGUGUUUGUCAAGGCAAGGGCACCGCUUGGCGCAGCACCACUGGCCACGCGUUCCAUGCACGCUUUCGUUGUUCGCUGCCAUCCGCGCUCUUCUCCCCAUUCCCUGUCUUCUUUUCUCCCCCUCGACUCCACCACUUCACGAUACGUCUUCUCGUCCCUGCGUGUCCCCGUUCCUUUCAUUCCGCGCCGUGCGCCAUUGUGCGCUGUGCAGAGCGCGACACCUCUGCGCGCCGUGCCAGGGUUCAGCGGCAUGCUGAGCAGCAGCGAGGAGGCGAACCCGGGGCUAUUCAACUGGAACCUCGCCAUGCCCAUCUACUGCGACGGGGGCGGCUACGCUGGCACCGCUGGCCGCGUGCAGCUGCCAGGGAAAGGAAAUAACUCCAUUUACCUCGAUGGUUACAAUGUUACACGGACCAUUCUUGCAGAUCUCCUGGCAGUGCGUGGGCUGGCGUCUGCACGUCGUGUGCUGGUGGCGGGGGCAUCAGCGGGAGGGCAGGCUGUGACAGCGUGGUGCGAGCGAGUGGCAGCCAUGGUGCCUGGCGCCGUCACCAAGUGCCUCGUGGACUCGGGAAUAUUCCUGGACGCCAAGGACAGGACGGGCGCAUGGCACUUUCGGCAGGUAACAAAGCAGAUGACAACACUGCACAGGGCCCAGGGCAACGACAAGUGCAUGCAAGCGGAGUGGCCAUCCACCCAAUGGCGCUGCUUCUUCCCUCAAUAUACCUUGCCGUUUAUAAGCACACCUGUCUUCCUCCUCUCGCCCCUCCUUGACCACCGAGCUCUCAUACUUGGCAACCAAAUCCGCAACGACACCGGCUAUGCCAAGCAAUGCAUCAGCAGCAUACUGCGCAGCACAGCCAACCUCACACAUGCCAUGCGCUACAGUGCCCGGCGCAAUGCCGUGGCAGGGAAGAUAAAAGUGUGCACACCCGAGGAGACCAAUGCUAUCUUAGCGGCGGGCAACAUGCUCCUCACUAGUGUGAAGGCCAUAGUGGAAAAACAACCUACAUGGGUGGCCUACAUCCCAGCUUCAGCAGCACAUUGCUACACCUACUUCCCAUCCUAUAGUGAGGUUUCUAUACAACAAUAUUCAUUAACAAACAUUGUGGCGGACUGGGCCUUAGAUGCACAGAAACAACUGAGAUUGCAAGGCCCAAUAGUAUGA